ACAACGAUAUCAUAAUAUUUUUUGUAAAUCAUAAUAUAUUGUAAAACGUGUAUCAAAUUAUAAAUAUAUGGAUAUUGGAUAGUAUUGAAAAGAAUAUUUAUGAUCAUAUUCGAAAUGCAUAAUGAUAUAAUACUAUAAAUGCAUUUUUGACUUUGUGUACACAAUUCGAAUUCUAAUAAAAAUUUACAAAAUCUAUUAAAAGCAAAAAUGGUGGAUGUAUACGUGCCAAUGCAAAUUCUGUAAAUAGUAAAAAUUACAUUCAUUUUAGGUAGGAAACAAUUUCCUAAUAAUUAUGAAUUAUGCCUCUGGCUGACAUAAAAUUAUAAUUACCUAGGUAGGUAUGGACUACUGGUAAAUAUAUAAUCUAGUUGUUUGUUCGUUAAUAUACUAAUAUAUCUAAUAUAACAGUACAGAUACUAUUAUCGAGUUAAUUUUAAUAGUUUCACAAUGUCUGAUAAUUCGUUUGAACUGCCUUGGAGCGAUGACAGUCCAUUGCACUUUGGAAAUAUUCCAGAAAAUCCAGUAAUUGGUGAGAUUAUCUGUCAAUUGGAAAAUUGUUUACGGCAAAGAGAAAAACUCAGUUGUCCUAGCGAUGAAAUAGACAUUAGAAUACUAUCAGUCACUCGAUGUGCUAUGGAUAGCGUUAAGAAUUUAAUGGAACACAAUUUAACGCCGUUAACAGACAUCCAAAAACAGAUUUUAAUUAACAAAUGUAGGUUGUUUAUAAAAGAUGCAAUCAAAGUUAUUGAGAAAACCUUGAAAAUGCAACCAACCUAAGUUAUAUGUUGAGUAAAAUCAAAUAAAUAUGUAUAUAGCUACCUAAAACAACUGUUGACUGCUAUAGAAUAACUGUCUUUUUUUAAAAAUUGUAAUGAUCAAUUCAUAGAUACUAUACUUUUACCCUAAAAAAAGCACAAUGUCUAUAGCUGUAAGCCUGUAACUAUCUUAUGAUAUCCAAAUCCCAUUAUCCUCUAUAUGCUGACCUAUAGUUAGGUUAGGUUACAGUGCGUCUACCUACAAUAAUAGAAGGUUAAAAUAUAGUAUUAUUAUUAUUUUGUAAAAUACAAGCCAUGGCUAACGAAGAAAUAGAUACCACUGUCCACUGGAUAUUUUAACGUCAGCAUUAUAGACGAAGAAAAUCAUCUGAUGAAACAAAUCGAGAAAUAUCUUGAAUAAGAUAUAAUGGGCGAACUUUUAGGUCGACGCUAAGGUUCAAGAUUUGGAUAUCGGGAUGAAACCGGCCGUGGAUUCGGACCAGAGGCGGCCCCACACAAAAGGAGCGUCUUUGUUUCUUCUCCGCGGCAUGGUAAGGCGUUAAACAGCCAACAGGACAGACGCCUGUUGAGUGUGUGUUGCCACCGGUACAAUGGACAGUCCAGACUUCCAGGUCCCCUCUCGUCCGACUCCUCCUCACCCACAGUCGGCAUCAUCCCCAGUGGUGGAAGUGGCUAAAAAUUAGUGGAAACACCUUUCAUAGUUUAUAUGGUUCUCGCAAAUAUAUGGUUUGAACAACAGUUGUAUAAAAUAAGUGGAGGGAUAGAAAAUUUGAAUUAUAAAAAGUGGGGAGAUCACAGCUCCCCCCCCCCCCCGACACUUCAACUGGACAAACGUAAAUUGCGCCCAACGAAGGGAAAAAGUUGUAAUAAAUAUUUUAUGCAAGAUCAAUUUAUGUUAAUAAAGGGUUAGUUUAACUAGAGUUAAUAGUAAUACAAUUAUACUCAAGUUGUAUAAUAUCAGCAAAGUUCUCACAACUCACAAGCCCCCUAUCCGAAUAAUGUUUCGGAAUCCGAAACAUUAUUAAUUGAAUUAAUUUGAUAUUUUUUUCCUAAUAUUUCGAUGAAUUCAAACAUCAUAUUUUGUGUUUAUUGGAAAAAAUUACUUAACAGAUUGUAUGAUUACUAUACUAAAAUAAAGACAAAUAUAUACCAGCAUAGUAAUGAGACAUCAUCUUUGCGUAUUCAACACUAUCACACGUAAAAGGUUUUCUAAACUAUUACCCAAACGGCCAAACGUUAAGUCGUUUGAAAUCGUUAAUAUAACGAUUAUAGCGAUAAACGUUGGGCUUACCCGCCAAUAAAUGAACAAGUGUUUCAAAUAAUAUAUGUGCGUAUAAUAGAUAUCCAUGAAUUCGAGGCCACUUGGAUACUAUGGGCGCAAUCUACUACAUGCCUAUUUCAGAAAACAAAAAUUCCCGGGGGAAUUUAAAUACUUGCUGUUCAAUAUGGGCGCAAUUUACAAGCUCUCCUCCGACCACUGUUCAUCCCGAUUUCCAAAACUUGAACCUCUGCCGAUUGAAUUAAUGGCUAGCAGACUCCCACGUCGACAUCGUCGGACCAGCGUAAACUGAUAACGUCUGCCUUUGCUUGAUGCGUGAGCUUUACUCCCGCGCACCCAUUGUGUCUUGUCUGGUGUUUGUUUACUAUUACUUACCAAUUUAACUAGGCAAUUGCUUAGGUAAUUUUUUUAAAUUUACUGUCAUAAUUUUUGCGACCAUUUUGUGUGAAUUCUGUCGUUAGGUUUUUUUAAAUUUUUUCCAACAGAAUAAUGGGCCGCACUGUACAUGCUUGUGUUUAAGCCACGAAGAGUUAACCAACAACGUUUUUGUUACGCACCAAAACUCAAUAAAAUAUUGUAAUAUUGAUAGGUAUUUUUAGUCAGGUGAAUGUAAAAUAAAUAAUAACUAAUUGUUAACCGGAGUGA